GUUUCCUGCCCGACGAGGAGGCCAGGCAGGCUGGCUUUGCGCCAUCACGCCAUAUUAUCGUCGUCUCUCUACGAGAGCACGCGUCCACGACGAGCGCGUGGCGAGGCAUUUUGUUCUUUGUCCGGCACAGAUCCCAACUGGUCGAAGGGCAUCGACGAUGAGCGAUAUCGAGAGAAGUGGCAGUCGCAGUGCAAGCCCCCGCCGACCACGCACCGCAGACGGCGGCCUAAGAGACUCGCGGUCGCACUCCAGAUCGCGCAAGUCGCGCGAGCGGAAGGAUUCGCACAGAGAGGUCAAAUAUUCGAGAUCGCGCAGCCGUUCCGCGUCACGUGGACGGAAGUCGUAUCGCGGCAACAAGUACACCAGUGGCGUCGGCCACCGCAGCAGUCGUAGCCGGAGUCGCUCGCCGUACCGCGGCGGCCGUUACUCUCGCAGCAGAUCCCGCUCGUACUCCCGAUCGCGUUACUCCCGUGACCGUCACGUGUACCGGUCGCACUCGCGCAGCCCAAUGUCAUCCAGGCGACGGCACAUCGGUAAUCGGGACAAUCCUUGCCCCUCCCGUUGCCUCGGGGUCUUCGGACUCUCAAUUUUCACGACUGAACAGCAAAUUCAACAUAUAUUCUCCAAGUACGGCCCGGUAGAACGAGUGCAGGUCGUUAUCGAUGCAAAGACUGGACGUUCCAGAGGAUUCUGCUUUGUAUAUUUUGAAUCAUCCGAGGACGCUAAAGUGGCUAAAGAGCAAUGCACCGGCAUGGAAAUCGACGGGAGACGAAUUCGAGUAGAUUUCUCCAUCACUCAGCGUGCUCACACUCCUACCCCGGGAAUAUACAUGGGAAAACCUACGCAUCUGCACGACAGAAGCUGGGAUGCGCCGAGGCGUAGAGAGGUCAGCUACAGAGGAAGUUACCGUCGAUCGCCCAGCCCAUACUACAGCCGCCGACGUUCGCGUUACGAUCGUUCUAGAUCGCGCUCCUACUCGCCACGUCGAUAUUAAGUCAGUGAAGUGAUGCGUGGCCACAGGUCCUUUCAGCCGAUGACUUUGACCCAAAUAUUUCUUCAACGGGUCAAAAUUAUGAAAUUAACGAAAUCACAUUAUAUUACUAUUCUUACCUUACCUAAUUCUGCAUUGUAUGCGAUACAGUCUCGCGUUUAAAUUACAAUAUCGUAAUAAAAUAUCGCUAAUGCUAUUGAAAAAGGAAAAACGUGCAAAAUGCAGUUGAGUAUAGCAUACUGUUUGCACGAAAAUCAGUAAGGUUAGAAUAGAAAACCUUAUUUUCAUAAGUUUAUAUCGCCUCUUAUUAGUAUUAUGAAGAUAAGGUUUCAAUUGUGUAAAAAUACAAGGCUAUAAUGUGAAAGCUGGAAUAUAAUUGAGCGAUAUUUGCGCAGUUUGUAGCUUACAGUUGUAUUCCAGCCGUUGGAUAGAAUCUUUAAAAAAAUGUGGAAAUAUAUCUCUUAAAACAAAAAGAAAAGAAAUAAAAUAAACCUAAAUAAAGAAAGCAAGGAAAUGAAACACACACACAAAAAAAAAAAGAAAAAUAAUAACAAGCUUCGAGUAGAAGUAAGUUCUCUAACCUGUUUGUUUGUUUAUAAGGUUUUGAAUCAAGAGGUAUUGGAUGAUAGAGGGAAGUUUGAAGUUUCACUCUGAAAAAAUGAGUUUUGAAAAGUCGAAGACAAGAUAUUUGAAGAACACGUUUAUCUUGCUCGCAUUGUCAAGAGUCAGAAGGUUUUCUCGGUUGCUUGUGACAAAGAAUAUGAUCUGCAAUUCAUUUCCGGCUGAGAAGCCUCAAGCCUAGAAGAAAACGUCAAGUAAUGCAAGCCCGAAGAAUGUCGAUCGAGAGUUGUUCGUCAGACCCCCGACCGGGACGGAGUCAUUUGGUUGGGGGUUGAAAAAACAGGGCCGAACGUGUUUACGUGAAAAUAUUGAAGAAGUUCAUCGAAAAUCUUUUGUAGAAUAGGGACGAGCGUAAGGUGCUCCCAGACCUUUAUACCGAUCAUAUUCUUUAUCAGUUGGUUUGGUUGCCACACGCCAUUUUAUUCGCUCUAAAAGAAAGAACUGCAUAUACAUAUAAAUAUGCUUAUAUUCAGAAACCUCUAUAACAUGCAUACGUGAAAAUAAAGAUAAAAGUUCGUAUGUCUCCUUUAUCCUCUCCCUCCACCAUCCUGAGACCUCCGUUUCCUUCGAGAAGAAAAAAUUCGUUCUGUUAUGAAUUUUACCUACCUAGUACUAAUAGAGCUCUUUAUCGUAGCAUUUUGUUAAUAAAUGUUGUUUCUACCACGAUCAACUUUGGUCCCUCUCUUUUUUUGCAGUCUUUUUUUUACAUUGUGGAGUUCGGUGCGAAGUCGCUUUUUAUACUUUAGGAUAAAAAUGAUUGUACGAAUCGAUUGAUCCUUUUCACCUCGCGCGUUAUUAAUUGCCUUUACAAACCUCUAGGUCUUAAUCUUGUAGAAGUAAGUAUUGGAAGUCCAUUUGUCGGGACUUUGUCUGAAAUUUAAUGCCAAUAAAGUUAGCUUCCAGCAAAAAA